AUGGAUAUUGAAACGAAAGUCAAAGGAGACAUGAAGGCUUUAGGCUGCAAGUCUGAUCUAAAGGUAUCUUUAGCUUACCACCUUUACUUACAUCUAGUGGACCAGAAGUUGAUGUACGACACUGAGUAUUGUUACAAUAAGGACAUAGAUACUCUUUACAUCGUCGCCCGGCCAAGAAGGAACGAGAAACCAAACAUUUACGUACCGAUACCGACGCACGACGAGAUCACCGUGGAUUUCAUCAACAAAAUACAGGAGAAUCUGUGUACAGUUGAGACGGGGCCGUCUGUGAACCUGGCGUUUGUUGAAGGUGAUCUAACUAUUGUAAUAUAUACAUUUACAAAGGGUCUGGUUGAGCGGCCACCGCCGGACAAAGUUGCACAGCUGCGAGUUAGAGAUGGAAGGAGGAACUUCAUUGAUAACGAGCUGAAGAAGAAGAGGAACAACAUUGUGAAUGAUGCCUUGAACGGAGGAGUUGUGGAUGAUGAUGACUGCCAAGUAGUGGAGUGA